AUGGUCAACUUACCUUUUUCUAGCGUUAGCACUACUACACACAGUAGCACUACACACAGUAGUCAUAUAAGUGUUUAUACAGACGAAAUUAAAGCAUCUGAGGACAGUUUUAGCAAUUUUAACAUGCAUUGUAAUGAUGAAGAGACAGUAGCUGAAGAAAUUGAGGCAAAUUUAGAAGAAGAAACUAAUUCGAAUUUAGAAAGUAAAAGUGACAAAAAAAUUUUUGAGAAUACUUAUUCAUUGGCUGUGAAUAAAAAAUUGGCUCAUAGAAAGAAGUUAAUAA